AUGUUUCUCCAUAAACUAUUUUCUGCUCUGCUCAUUCCUGUCGGGGUUUUCGGUAACCCUGUCAGUAUUGAGCAAAGAUCGCCCGGAAACGUGGCUCAGGCUGGCUCACCUGUUGUUAUUGAUACAGAUGGCAUAUACAUUCGGGGGAGUCCUCUGAACACUGGAGGUCUGAUAGCUGGUUAUACUGCGCAUGAAGACGGCCAGAGUAUUCUUCGACUUGCUGAGUCUACUAAUGGUGGUUCUUCAUGGAGCUUUCUUGGCGAAGUCUACCGUGCUAAUUCAACUGCUCAUGAUGUUGAUAACGCUAUGCCUUUGCAGCUCCCUAGUGGACGUAUCGUAUACGCCUACCGCAACCAUGAUCGCACCGGAAACACUUACACGUACUACCGAAUAACUCUGUCGUAUUCCGAUGACGGCGGCAAGACCUUUCUCUAUGCAUCAACCGUGGAGCAGCAAGCAGCCACUUCUACUCCCAAUGGCCUUUGGGAACCUUUUCUACGUGUCGCCGCGGACGGAUCGCUGCAAUGUUACUAUUCCGCCGAGAACAAUGGGGCAGACCAGGAUGGAUAUAUGAAGCGUUCGACUGAUGGAGGAUUGACUUGGUCAAACUGGAUUAAGGUAUCUGGAGAUAAUGUCACGUCGCGCGAUGGAAUGAUUGGUGUUGCCAAUCUCGACAAUUCAGGCAACUUGAUUGCUGUUUUUGAGAAUACGGAAUCCGGCCCCUUUUCCAUCGACUAUGUUCUGUCCCAUGACGACGGCAACUCCUGGGGUCAGCGGGCACGCUUGUAUACAGCAAAGAACGGGAAAAAUGCCGGAGCUCCUCAAGUGGUUAAUGUCGGUGGCACCCUUGUCACAAGCUUUAUGACAAAUGAGGACGUGGCCGGAGUUGGUGGUAACGGCAUUGAUGGAGCCCAGAUGAAAGUUGUUACAAGUACAAACGGAGGUCAAGCAUGGGGCCCAACUACUGUCACAGGUGCCGCCGGUUCGCACUGGCCCGGGCUCUAUACCCUCGACCAGACCCAUUUCCUUGCUCUCUAUACUAAAGACGGCUUGGGUGCAGUCAGUCAGGAUUACCAACUUGUCAAUUGA